AACGAGUUGUUCAAUGGCUGAGCCACACCUGGACACGCAGGUUCCAUUUGCAGACAUGGCAGAAGAUCAGCCCCUCCCUCCUUCACACGUCCAUUCUGUUGACAGCCGCUCAGAUUGCCUUGACGGCGAGCUUCAUCCGAGAGCGCCACUUCACUGCGCCGCACUAAAGACAGAAGAAACUAAACGUAGUUCACCAUGAACUGGGGCUUCCUUCAGGGCCUCCUCAGUGGGGUGAACAAGUACUCCACCGCCUUCGGCCGAGUGUGGCUAUCCAUUGUGUUCGUCUUCAGGGUGCUGGUAUUCGUGGUGGCGGCCGAGAAGGUUUGGGGUGACGAACAGAAGGAUUUCAAAUGCAACACAGCUCAGCCGGGUUGCCACAACGUCUGUUACGACCACUUCUUUCCCGUGUCCCACGUGAGACUGUGGGCACUGCAGCUCAUCUUCGUCACUUGCCCCUCGUUCCUGGUGGUGAUGCACGUGGCUUACCGGGACGACCGCGAGCACAAGCAUCGGCUCAAGUACGGCGAGAACUGCCGCCGCCUCUACCUGAACACGGGCAAGAAGCGCGGCGGCCUAUGGUGGACUUACGUCCUGACUCUGAUCUUCAAAGUCUGCGUGGACACCACCUUCGUCUACCUCCUUUACCACAUCUACGAGGGCUACGACUUCCCCUCGCUCAUCAAGUGCGAACAGAAGCCGUGUCCCAACAAGGUGGACUGCUUCAUCGCCCGGCCCACAGAGAAAAGAAUCUUCACCAUCUUCAUGGUGGUCACCAGCCUGGUCUGCAUCGUCCUCUCUGUUAUAGAAAUUAUCUACCUGGUGGGCAAACGCUGCCGCGAAAUCUUCACCGGUGUCCAUCACUCUCACCACAUUAUGACCACCAGCAGCAGCAAUUUGAUGCAGUCAAACCCUCUGACGAUGUCCAAAAAGAACACACCACAAACCCCUGCCCCAGCGUACAGCGUGGCUGUAUCUUGAAAUCAUGUUUUUAUUUUUUUAUAAAUAAGACUUGACAAGGCAGGCGCUUUUCUUAAUGUCUGUCGCCAGAAAAUGAUCUGCACUGACUUUUCAUUGUCUAGAAAUUUGAGGGUCUCAUGGCAGAUGCUCAGCGUUGUGUUUUUAGUACCAGUUUAACAGACAAAAAAAAGACCAUUACAUGAGUCAGUCCAUGAUUUGGAGAGUGCGGUAUCACACAGACACACACACACACACACACACACAACCAACACACAUGCUCACGCCUUUGUGGUCUCUGUGUAAGAUUUUCCUCUCUGACUAGUGCCAAACCUCCAAAUGUUUUCAUUCAAUUUCUGCAGUCUUUUCAAAUGGCUGCACGGACCAAACUAUUGGGACACUUCUUUUGAUCUUGAACAUUUCUCCGGCUUCACCCUGAAUUCCAAAAGCAUGUAUUUUACAUAGCUAAAGACUCUUAAGUCUAUAGUUGAAUAUAAUUGGUGUUGCAGCCUACCUCUUGCCCAAAGUUAGGCCCCAGAUCUGUGUCCAUUUGAUUCUAUUGUUUUACACUGCUUAUGUAAUUUAUCAUCACUUUGGUAUGAAAGAUUCCAGUUACUUUGCUUUUUUUUUUUUUACACCGCCAAGAUGUAUAUAUUUUCAUUAAAUAGAUGUAUUUUCCACUUCUUGAGGCUUAUCUUGCUUUGUUUCUAGGGGAGAAAAAAACACAUUAUUGAGGGUUCCUUUCAUGUUUCAUUUGUGUACAGCAUGUUGCCAGGAGCAACACUUUAUUAUUUAGAUUGAUUGGUACUAUGAGGAGGGGAAAAAACGGACGAGCUUUGUGCUACGUUCGAGUCAUUCCUGCUGACGUGCGAGCCCAACCCAGCGUAGGAAUUCUAUGCCCCUUUCUGACUGUCAAUUGAUUAUUCUUUUUUUAUUUACUUUGGCAAGUUUGUUUAGGCUGAGUGUAAAAGUAAAGGUUGAAUCACAAAAAUGCUCAGCCUUCACUCCACCUUCAGAUCUUCAUGUUCAAAUACAAGCAAGCUCAGAUAAUUGUUUGCCUUUGUUUACCUAAAAAUCUCAGCUCAGUGGAACCUAAUCUUGCUGAUAAUCAUGAGUACUAAGGAAAUACUUUUCCCGGACAUCUACUUCUUUCCAUCCUGCUAUUGUUUUUCUUUACUUCUCCAGUUCAUUAUCGUGUUGUGACGUUGUUGUGUGGGUUGAUCUUGUCGAAACGUGUUGGAAGAUGUUGAGUAAAAUGGUACAUUCCUCCAGGUGUGUCCCAACAGACUGA